CUUCUCUCUUCUGCAUCUUCGACUGAACUCAGAAAAUCAGAAUCUCCCUACGGAUUGAACGAGAAACAGUUAAGAGAAAAUGAGUCCGAUCGUGGCGUCUCAGCUUGCAACAGAGCUCGGUGUGUUAGCAGGUGCGGUGCUGGUGAAAUCGGUGUUGGAGAAGCCGAUGGCUAGUCAGUGGCCCAGGUGUCCGAAUUGCAACGGCACCGGACGAGUUACCUGCAUGUGUUCCCGCUGGUCGGACGGUGAUGUUGGCUGCCGGACCUGUUCUGGUUGGGGUCGCAUGGCCUGUAGUAGCUUCUUAAAUCUAAAUUGGUUAGCUUGUAUUGAUGGGUAG